AUGGACGCGGGGAACUUUACCGAGGACGAAAAGCGUUUCGUCCUCGCUGAAUACAUCAAGGCCAGUCAGGUGGAUACUGAGCAGCUUGUAGCUUUCAUUAAGAUGAACCAGCUACAGACAGACUGGUUCUCGAUGCAGCUGCCCGGAGACCUGCCGAGCGUGCCCAACCUCAAGAAGCGCAAGUCGGCAAGCGACCUCCUGACCGAGCAGGCACCCAAACGCAUGGCCUCGAUGGCGCAUAUACCGUACCAUCAACAACAGCAGCAGCAGCAGCAGCAGCAGCAGCAUCAACAACACAGACCGCCGUCCCGACCCCAGGACCAGCAGACCCCGCCCCUGCCACAGCCCUCGCCGUCUCCGCUAGCCCAGCAGCAGCAACCCGGUAGCGGCGGGCUUCCCCCACCGCGCGUGAACCUUAACAUCCAGCCGCGGCCGGCACUCGAGUCGAAGCAGCCGACCACCGAGGGCUACAACGUCUUCCAGUCCAAGACACCUUCCAAUGGGUACGGCGUUUUCCAGUCGAAUCCCACAGGAAGGAAACGGGGCCGGCCCAGCAAGGCCGAGAAGGAAGCACAGGCCCGUGCCAACUCCAGCUCUUGGACGACCACAGGCCCAAUCCCGAUCAGCCCGAAACCAGCGGGCCACCCGCCCACGACUCCCCUUGCCGGACCACCACCACCAGCACCACCACCACCAGCAGCAGCAGCAGCAGCAGCAGCAACAGGAGGAGGAGGGGGCGGCACCCAGUAUCCCGUCCCAUCGCAGGCAUAUAACACAGCGGCGACAUCAGCAACGUCAGCAACAUCAGCAGCAGCGGGAUCUAUGGAUUCUCCGAGGGAUGUAAGAGGGGGAAAUGCAGGCAGCGGGCAAGCUUUGCCGCGCCCUCUGCAGCCACAGAGCUAUGCAGAGCAUCAGGCACCACCGCCAGCGGCGAGCAUGAUGAAAUCGGAGAAAUCGCCAUCAAUCGGAAACCUGGUCACGGCGGAUUCGCCUCCCGAACAGCCCAGAAGUGUGCCAACGCCGAUAGUGGUACCGCAUACUCGAGAUCCCCCGCCCGUGACAAAUUCGGCGUAG